AUAGGAUUACAACCGUCCAGUCUGGAACAGCAGAAGUGGAACAAGACAAGUACAGAUCAACAGCACAAUCCCUACAGAACAGUAAACACACACACGGGGACACAUUACUCAAUACCAAGGACAACAACCUGCUAGCUUCUACUGACUGAGCUUCCUGUGAUCGGACAAGAUGAGGUUUCUGAUUGGUUGGGUUGUGUUGGUCAUGUCAUUUGGGGUCUUGCAAUGCGCAGCAGAAGACCCUGAAGCAGGCAUCUCAGAGGACACCCUGAAGCAACUGUCUGAUGUUGGGGAGAAGCUGGUGGAUGAGGAGGUGAGGAGAGCCCUGUAUGGAGUGAAACAGAUGAAGGAAGUACUGGUGAAGAAUGAGGAAAAACAUAAAGACCUGAUGAAGUCUCUCCAACACAGCAGUGACAAGAAGAAGGGUGUGGCCCAGCUAUACCAGGAGGUGGAGCUAAAGCUGGAGGAGGCGGAGCAUCAGUGCCAGGAGUCUCUAAAGAAGGAAUGGGAGGCAUGUUGGCUUUGUCUGGAGGACGCCUGUAAGACCUUCUACACCUCCACAUGCAGGCAGGGCUUCAGCUCCUUCCAGGCCAAGGUAGAGAACUUAUUCCGCGGGGUGUCAUCUCGGUUCGGCCAGAGAGACCCACGUCCUCUAGAUGGAGAUAUGUUGGUGAACCAGAGUGCUGAUAAACCCGACAGGGAGGUAGUUCGCAUAGAAGACUCCUUCAACAGCCUCAUCGCCAAGGUGGGCUCCCUGUUUGAGCGCAGUGUGGUGCUGGUGGACAAGAUGCAAGGUAAACUGGACCAAAACCUCCAGAAGGCCUUUGACCCCCAGAGCAGCGGCCAAGCCCGGGGCCAACAGCCUACCCAGGACCCCUUCUUCCUGGGGUUGGACUUGGGCUUCAUCCACAAAGUGGGGCUGGAGGAGGUGCUGGACUCCUUCUUUAACUUUGGGAAGAGUGUUGUGGAGGACUUUGGGGACGUGGUCACACGAGUGUUUGAUGACCUCAAAGAUGUUGUGGAGGAGCAGAGGAAGAGAGAGACGGAGCUGUUCCCUCAUUUCCUCCAGAACAGGAAGUUGUGUAGAGAGUUGAGGAGGCAGACUUCAGAAUGCUGGCAGCUGCAGAACCAGUGUCAGUCCUGCCAAGGGGUGCUGCUCACAGAGUGUCCCAGUGUGCGGGAGCUGCAUGUGGAACUGGAUGAGGUGUCUCAGCUGCGGGACAUGUCGAAGGAGCAGUACGACGAGGUUCUGAGCAUUGUGCAGCAGCACACAGGUGACAUGGCGAGCUGGAUAAGCAACAUGGCUACUGAGUUCAGCUGGGUGACAGAAAUGGUCAACAACAACACCACACCUGAUACCAUAUUCCGCAUCAGAAAGGUGGUGUCAGAGGGAGUUGAUGGAGGCAGCUCGUCAGGGGGAGACACCAAGGUGGAGCUGAACAUCCUAAACUCUCCUCCUCUCCUCCUGACCAUCCCAGCUGGUGUGGAGCUGCAGGACCCCGCCUUUAUCAAUUUCGUCGCUCAGGAGGCCCUGGGGAUGUACAAGCAGAUGUUCAGACACAAUGACGACUAAGCAUGAAGAAAGUUCACUCACUGUCAUGUCACAGUUAGUGGACAGUACGCUGUGUGUUUUUGUUUACUAGAUUUAAUGUAUAUAGUUUUGUAAACAAAUUAAUAUUUAUUUAUUUAGGGAACAUUUUAAGAUUAAUGAGACAACUUAUUGUAAUGUUGUAAUUAAUUACAUGUAAAAUUGAACCAAAGUAACUUGUACCAGUUGUCAUGUUGCAUGUUGUACAAUAAAAGGAGGAGCUAGAUUCAAGU